UUAUCUGGCUCUUCAACAGCUCCAUCCUGAUCCGUUCCCUUCCAUUUCCCCAAAAUACACCAAAAAAUUGAAAAAAAAACCUUUCCUCAUUUCUCUUCCAAUUCAAUCCAAUGAUUUCCAGCGCCGGCGUUCCGAAGAAGCGGCAGCGCACCACCGCCGUCCGCCGUUCCUCCUCCACGGCCGGCACCAUCUCCUCCGUCUCCGACGUAACCCUAACCGAACUCUCCCAAAACGUCGACCGCCCCUUCCCCAUGGCCGACGACCGUCCCUCUCCCGCGGCGGACGACGCUCUCCAUUUCAACGACUCCGCCACCGCCGACGUCGUCCUCCGCCUCUACGUCGACGGUCCCUCCCCGCUCGAGUCCUCCGCCGAUUCCAUCUCCAACUCCGACCUCCACGUCUACCUCCACUCCGACGUCCUACGCCGCUCCAAAUACUUCUCUGCGCUCUUAUCCGACCGGUGGAUCGGCCACGUCCACGUGCCGGAGCACUCCUCCACCGCCGCCGCCGCCCGCGACCUCUUCCGACUCAACCUCGCCGUCGCUCCCGCCGCCGCCUCGAUCCAGUCUCACCUCACCGUCCUGGAGCUUCUCUACACGAACGACUUCGCCGCCGCGGUGGACAGCGCGUCCACGGCGCUGGAUCUGUUGCCGGUGGCGCUGGAGCUUCUCUUCGAGGAGUGCGUUCGUUGGUGCGUUGAUUUCCUGGAAGCGGUGCCGUGGACGGACGAUGAGGAGAAGAGAGUAGUGAGAUUGAUCCCCUUCCUGAGCGAGGAAGAGUCGAAGGAACUCGUGGCUAGGGUUUCUCCUUCGGGAGAGGACUCGUGCGAGGCGAUGCUCCAAGGACUCGUGUCCUCCGCGAUGAACAGUUACGGCAACACUGCGUUCGUGAAGGCGUUCGUCGGGAAGAUACUGAGGGACUUAUCGUCGAAGGAGACGGCGAAGAGAGUGUUGGAGAAAGCCUUCGCGAGAAGCUUGAAGACGGUGAAGGAGUCGUUGGAGGAUUACUCGAGUCCCGUGUUCAGAGGGGAUCAUAAUGAGACGGAGGCUAUUCAGAGGCUGAAUCUGCACAAGGCUUCCACCAAUGGGAAGCAUCUUCUGUGGCUUGUGGAGAGGAUGAUCGAGCUUAGGGUUGCCGAUGUUGCAGUGAAGGAGUGGAGCGAGCAAGCCGGUUUCACUGCGGAUUUGCAGAGGGCGUUUCAUGAUGAUGCCUGGAGGAACAUUGUGCCUGGCCUUCCUGCUGUGAUUCUAAGGUGCACCUGUAGGCUCGCCAAUGCUGUCACUGCUGGCACCAUUCUCGCUUCUAGACAGGUGAGAAGGAAGCUGGUAGAAGAUUGGCUGCCCGUGUUGGUUGUGUGCAAAGAUAAUGUUUCACCAAUAUCACCGAGCAACAAAUCGUUGUAUCUGGAACUGGAAGAAACAUUCUUGCGAAUCAUCUCCACAUUGCCCAUGUCAGAUGCUCAAGAGUUGCUGCAGCGGUGCCUCAGCUUUUCAACCCGAAAUGUUGAAGAUUGUCCUCAUUUGGUCACUGCAUUCAACACCUGGUUCCGCCGUGCUGCCCGACCCCUCAAACCAGAUUGUCUCUUUGAUCAAUGAGCUGCACCUGGUUGCCUUAUUGUCAAAUAUUGUGCAUAUGUAAUGUAAAUACUAUGUUCACUAAGUUUAACCUUAACAUUGUACAUAUUAAAAAUCCGAACCAACUCUCUUCUCGUCUAGUUCUAGGACAAACCACAGCCCAAAUACAUAAUAGACCUUGUCCUGAGGCUGGUUUCCUUGCUUUUGGAAUGCAAGAUUUUAGUUCGCUGUUGCAUGUAUUUCUUCGGGCCGGGGGUGACACUGUGCUUUAGAAAUUUUGGGUCAAAAUAAAGAUACCAUCUUGUUAUGACCCGUUGCAGGUAAUUUAGUUUUGU